AUGUCUUUCUCCGCGGUCCUAGUGAUUCUAUCUGCAGCGAGUCUGAUUCACACUACUGCUGGAAAUCAUGUUUUGUCGGUCACGCAAUUUCAAACAUCGACGUGUUCUGACCGCCAAACAGCCGGAAUCAUAUGUGCCAGCUGCAACAUCGUUGGGGUUUGUAUAAAAAUUGGCUCGCUUUGGGAGAUGCCGUUUGUCGAGGCGUGCAAUGCGGACGAAGGAUACUAUUGCAACGAGUACGAGGGUGGCUGUUCCAGCAGCAUUAGCUCGUGCAAUCCGGGCGGCGAAGGAAAUUUCGAGUGCAACAGCCCUGGCAUAUUCCCGGAUCCAACCAACUGCCGCUUGUAUCACAUGUGUUUGCAGAAUGGCAACAACCAGGUCGCCAUCAGUAUGGACUGCGGAGGAUUUGCCUUUUCGGCUGCGACCGGAGACUGUUCUCUUCCGUUGAACAAUACUGUCUGCUUAGAGCCCCAGUUUAACUGCAGUUUCCUAGGACAAAUGGCGUCUUGGCCUGGUAACAACAACAUUUACUACAUAUGUGCUGCGGAAACAAUGAAUGGAAAUCGCUAUCUGCGUCCACGCUUGUACAGGUGUCCGGCGAAUCAAAUGUUUGUGGGUGGCCAGUGCGUACAACGAGAUUGGUCCAACAUGCCACCUGGAACAAUAGUGCCGUACGUAUGUCAGCGACCGGGUUUAUUUGUCGAUCCCAGUCACUGUCAGUAUUACUACAGUUGCAACUCGGAGCUCGUUUCAACGCAUCUGCAAUGUCCCGAUGGAACCUACUUCAAUGCUAACACCUUAUCAUGUGUUCUGGGAACAUGCUGA